UGACUGCCCCGGGCCUGGGCCCCGCCUCUUUCCCCUCCCCAGGUGCUCCGGUGUGGACUGGAGGCGCCGGCCCCGGCGGAUUCACUGGAGCACGGACGCUGCGGCCGGUUGGGCCGGUGCCCUUUCCCGCUCUGGGAAGGAAGAGAGAUGGAAUUGAAAAGGUUGGCCAUUUCCUGGCAAUUCUUGAUAGUUCUGGUUCUGAUCCUGCAAAGCCUGUCUGCGUUGGAUUUUGACCCGUACAGAGUCCUAGGGGUCAGCCGUACAGCCAGCCAGGCUGACAUUAAAAAGGCUUAUAAGAAGCUCGCUCGGGAAUGGCAUCCUGACAAAAACAAAGACCCUGGAGCAGAGGACAAGUUCAUUCAGAUCAGCAAGGCUUACGAGAUUCUGUCCAAUGAAGAAAAGAGGACAAACUAUGACCAGCAUGGUGAUGCCAGUGACAGCCAAGGCUACGAGAAGCAACAGCGCGAGUAUCGCUUCCGCCAUUUCCACGAGAACUUCUAUUUUGAUGAGUCCUUUUUUCACUUCCCCUUCAAUUCGGAGCGGCGGGACUCAAUCGAUGAAAAGUACUUGUUGCACUUUUCACACUACGUCAAUGAAGUAGUUCCUGAUAGCUUCAAAAAACCCUACCUCAUUAAGAUCACAUCAGAUUGGUGCUUUAGCUGCAUCCACAUCGAGCCUGUCUGGAAGGACGUGGUCCAGGAACUGGAAGGACUGGGUGUGGGGAUUGGUGUCGUCCAUGCUGGGUACGAAAGACGUCUGGCCCAUCACCUGGGAGCACACAGCACCCCCUCCAUCCUAGGGAUCAUCAAUGGGAAGAUCUCCUUCUUCCAUAAUGCAGUGGUUCAUGAGAACCUACGGCAGUUCGUGGAGAGUCUUCUUCCAGGAAACUUGGUGGAGAAGGUCACAAAUAAAAAUUAUGUGCAGUUCCUCUCUGGCUGGCAGCAGGAGAAUAAGCCACACGCCCUCCUGUUCGGCCAGAAGUCAUCAGCGCCACUGCUAUACAAGUUGACGGCCUUUGCAUACAAAGAUUAUGUGUCAUUUGGAUAUGUGUAUGUCGGCUUGAGAGGCGUGGAGGAGAUGACCAGGCAAUACAACAUCAAUAUCUAUACCCCCACCAUGCUGAUCUUCAAAGAGCACAUAAACAAGCCUGCUGAUGCAAUCCAGGCUCGGGGACUGAAGAAGCAGGUCAUUGAGGACUUCAUUGCCCAAAACAAGUACCUGCUGGCAUCUCGGCUCACCAGCCAGAGGUUGUUCCAUGAACUUUGCCCUGUGAAGCGGUCUCACCGACAGAGAAAAUACUGCGUGGUUUUACUGACAGCUGAGGUUAACAAACUAAGCAAACCCUUUGAAGCCUUCCUGUCAUUUGCACUGGCAAACACUCAAGACACGGUGAGAUUUGUGCACGUCUACAGCAGCCGACAGCAAGAGUUUGCCAGCACCUUGCUACCGGACAUGGAGGCAUUCCAAGGGAAGUCAGGGGUGAGCCAUGGGCCCCAAUUCUCCUAGGCAGGAAGAUGAAGUUUCAGGACCCUGGAAGAUCCCUGGACCGGCAGUGAGAGGGAUAAGUUCGUCCUUUUGGGUUAUCUUGACCAGCUACGGAAAGAUCCAGCAUUUCUGUCUUCAGAAGCCGUGCUCCCUGAUCUAACUGACGAACUGGCUCCUGUAUUUCUCCUCCGGUGGCUCUACUCUGCCUCUGACUACCUCUCGGACUUCUGGGAGAGCCUGCUUCACAGUAACUGGCGGGAGAUGAUGCCGCUGCUGUCGCUCAUAUUCUCAGCCCUCUUCAUCCUCUUCGGCACUGUCAUCGUCCAGGCUUUCAGUGACUCAAAUGAGGAGCGAGAGUCGCACCCUCCCGAGAAAGAGGAAGUCCCUGAGAAGGCCGGGAAGACUGAGCCAAGCUUCGCCAAGGAGAGCACCAGCAAAAUUCCUAAAAAAGGCUUUGUGGAGGUAACUGAACUCACAGAUGUGACAUACACCAGUAUCCCACCCUACCCCCAGCUCCACAUAAAUGCUCUCCUAAGUUCUGGCUGCAGCCAGCACAAGCCUCCCUGGCUGCUGAGCUCUGUGGAGCCUGUUGACAACACUCUGUUCUCCUCAGUGGCCUGCAGCAGAACGCCUGGCACCUGCCUGACCCUCGUCUGCUCUUCCCACAGGAGCAGCAGCCUCCACUUCUCCUUCCUGACCCUGGACAAGCACCGGGAGUGGCUGGAGUAUUUACUAGAGUUUGCUCAGGAUGCCGCCCCAAUCCCAAACCAGUAUGACAAGCACUUUAUGGAACGAGACUACACUGGCUACGUGCUGGCCCUGAACGGCCACAAGAAGUAUUUCUGCCUUUUCAAGCCACUGAAGACAGUGGAUGAGGAGACCGUGGGCUCCUGUGACCCUGACUCCUCCCUAGGAAAGCCUCCCUGUGGCCUUGGGCCCAAGCCCCUCAAAGGCAAGCUGAGCAAGUUGUCAUUGUGGAUGGAGCGCCUGCUGGAAGGCUCUUUGCAAAGGUUCUACAUCCCGUCAUGGCCAGAGCUGGACUAAGCCAAGGGCUCCAGAGUAUAACGUGCCCCAGGAACAGGGAUUUUCAAGAGAGUUUCCAUUUUAGAUUUCUCUUCUAGAGCAAUGGCUAGAAGACCUUUCCUUUGUCACCUAGGAGUAAAACGCACUGCAGGUUUGAUCCCUAGAUGAAAAUCUUCCUUCCCCGUUGGGUGUCCUACCCCUGGAUGAAUGCCGCACUACUUCAAUAGACUGCCCAGCCCUUCUUCUUUGCUGUCCCUGUAAUGUGCCCACACCCCUGUCCUUACAUUGUAGAAACCCAGGGCUUGACCCUGAGCCGUGCCUGGAUGAACCUCAGGAUCUUCAUGAGCCUGUCACAUGGGGUGGGUCACUCACCUCUCCUCUCCUCCACCCCUUGCAGCAGGCUCCUGCUGGCCCCUGCUUAGCCUCUGCCAAGGUGUGUGCUCCCAACACUGGGCAGUCCUCCACCUGCGAAAGAGGCCUAGUUGUAAGCAGUUUUCCAUGUGAUUGUGCUUCUGGGAGCAAGCAUUGAGAAGUAUAUUUUGGGGGUAUCCCCCACAACAGUUGGCCAAGCAUGGUUUUGAGAAGAAAGGGGUGAGCCAGGGGUGAGGGUGCAGCAUUCACAUUUGGUCUCCCCACUGAGAGGGAGGGUGAGCACCAGCUGGAGGUACACAGCCCUGUGAUCCUGCGUGAGCUUCCCUGUUCCCAUCCCCUUCCCUGAACCACACCCCCUGUCAGCAUCACCGUGGCCAGGGCUGUCUGCCUGGCCAGCCCUAAAUGACUGAGCUGCUGACCUGUCUCCGGAUGCCUUUUUGCCUCUGGAUUUUAGAGUUUGAUACUAGGAGCCAUAUCCUGUGAUCUUGUUCUCUGAACGUAGAUAAGCUGCUAUAUAGAGCCAGUAGAUUUAAGAUGGCAGCACUUACGCCUAUCCACCAAGAGCUAGGUGCAGGAGCCCUUCCUGCCUUGCUCUCCAGUAAAACGCCAGGCGUGUCUUCAUACCAAGGAACCUGACCUCUCUGACAAUUGCAUUUUGAACAUUGUUGUCCCCAAAGAGCUGAAUCUUCAAGUCGUCUCUUGUGACUCUGAGCGGAGACUUGUCUGGACUCCUGUCCAGUAGGCAGCUAGCUUCUUACUUCUGGCGUCUCUGCUUCAACGCUUCUUCCUUCCCUUCUCACUGCUUCCUGCUGCCAGAUGAGACCCAUCAGCCCCGGCUCGCCUGGCUCCACGCACCUUGAGCUCAGGCCCAGAUCAUGCUCGCCUGCUCAAGGGCAUACCCUUUGUUUUUAGAGCCAAACCAUGAGGGGAGUUUGGACAACUGUCACAUGUGGUAUGUUCUACUGUCAAGCAAGUGCCCUUCUGUAAAGUGAAGGGCACAAAUCGGGGACCGGACAUUCACUCAGUGAGUAUUCUCCAGUUGUAAUUGCUUUGAACCAAGCACCUCGGAUCCUGACUACUUUAAACACUGAGCUCCAGUGGUAAGUGAUAAAUUAUUUGAACCCAGGAACUCUGUAGUUUUCAAAGAGUCUUUAGCUUUAUUAAAAAAUAAAGAAAAC